AUGAGUCUAUCGAAAACGUAAACAAGUGCAUGCAUUGUGAAAUGAAGAAUAAUAUUUUAGUAAUAUUUAAUUUAAAAAUGUUAAAAGUGUCUUGAAGGCCUAUUAACUAUAAAAGAUACAUUAAUAUGGAUUGCGACCAGAGCUUUUUAAACAAUGACGUUUUUAACGUCAAUGAUAUAGCUGAAAUAGAAGAUUUUCUAUCCGGCUGCGAUGGAGAUUUCAUGAAGAAACUAGAGGAGGAGCUAUCAACAGUUGAUGGCGAAUCUGAUCUAAUAAGUGUGGACACCAAGUACAACACAAUCGUACCUUCCCCACAAGUAUCGCCCUAUUACAGCACAUCUAAUCCGUUAGUAUCACAACAUCCCACCAAUAGAAAUGCCCAGUUUCAAGAUCACUCCAAAACAAUUCCCGAUCUGGGGGCUUAUAAAAGAAUCGAAGCGCAGAACUUGCAACCAAAGGAGGAAGCUAAACCUGAAAAACCCCAGACACAACCAGUGCAAACACCAAUGAUCGUUCAACAAGUACCAAAUUCCCUGUUUGUGAAUUUAGCACAAUUACAAAAAGUUAAUGAUGGACGAGGCUCAAUUGUGCAGUUGGAGAACCCGCAGAAAUCAAAUCCGCCUAUUAAACCACAAGCUAAAAGUCAGCCUUUGCUCCUUCCCCAUAAUGGUCAAAGAGUCACACCUGUGAUUAUAAAAACCUCAGACGCAAACUUCUCUCCUGUGAUAUUACAAUCCAAUAUUAUUAACCCUGAAACACAAACUUUAAUGUACACAACUGCACCUAUUCAGGGUGCACAGCAACCGAUCAUAGCACAUGACAAAUCAAGCAAUGAAAACACACCAAUACACACAUUCUUCACAAGUAACACAACCCCAACAUUGCUAACUACAGUACCGGUAGUUCUCGAUGGAGACAAAAUAGCUUUCGCUCAUCAUCCAAACGGACAGCCUAAAGUUAAGGAGGUGAAAAGAAGUGCACAUAAUGCAAUAGAAAGGAGAUAUAGAACAAGCAUUAAUGAUAAAAUUGUAGAACUUAAGAAUAUGUUAGUGGGAGAGGAGGCUAAGUUAAACAAAUCAGCAAUAUUAAGAAAAACAAUAGACUACAUAAAAUAUUUAAGAAAUCAAAAUGCCAGAUUAAAACAAGAGAAUAUGCAACUGAAACUGGUUUGCCACAAGUCAGGAGUCAAAGACUUCACACUUGAUGGCCCGUACACACCACCACACAGCGAUAUUAUGUCACCAUACCAUUCACCACUCGGAGCCCUUAGUCAUGAAAGCGAUUCUCCCUCAUCUCCGGAAUGCAGUAAAUCUGAUGAUAGGUAUACAAAGAUUGUAAUGGGAAUGGGUGAUCACUCUAGAUUGGCUCUCUGUGCGUUCAUGGUUGGCCUAUUAGCAUUCAACCCCUUCAGUGCAUUCUUUGGUAGUUUCAUGAUGGAAUCAACCUCAGCAGACUAUUCAACGAGAUUGGACCAGAGGCGAAUAUUGUCAGAAGAUGAUCUAAAUCCUGAUCUGACAUGGGGCAUUUGGAUGUUCAACACUUUUAUAAUAUACUUUAUAAACACUCUCAUAUUGAGCGGCUGUUUGAUAAAACUUCUGGUGUACGGAGAUUCUGUUCCCAAAUUCGACUCUAAAGAGGCAAAACAAUUUAAAGAACACAAAGCAAACGCCGAGCAGUUUCUUAAAAAAGGUGACUUAACAAAUGCUCGUACGGAGUUACACAGCUCUCUAGCGGUGUGUGGCAAGAGCGUACAAGGCGGUCAGGGUAGAGCCAAAUAUUCCGCGCUCAUGUCUGCUGUGCUAAGACAAUUUCUGCAACGGAUGCCCUUUGGAGGUUUCCUGGCGAGACGUGCAGGGGAUUUGUGGAGUGAUAGUUCAACCAGAAAGGCGACUAAACGGUGGGCGGCGGAAGUGGCAAACGUUUCUCAUCAGCUCGCUCAACUUGAGGUUCUAUCGAGUAACGUCGGUCGCAGCGAGAAAGUGCUACUGGCGUUGCAAGCGAUCAACUUCGCUGAAGUGGCGGACGACAAACAGCUACUAGCCGAGACGUACGCCACCGCCGCUGUUGUGUUCAAGGACUAUAUGCCAAAGUUCGGGAACUGGUUGUGCGGUUACUACCUGCGUGCGUGUGCGUCUGCCGCGCCGUCAUGUCGCGCCAGCGUGCGUGUACGCUGGGUUGCGAGCGCGCGCGGCGCUCGGUUCGUGCGUACGCGUCGCUGGACUUAUGAGCGUGCGGCGUCGCUGUUCGCGAACGAGCCGCGCCGACCCGACCCGCUCGCGUAUGCUAUGCGGGCGUACCACCUCGAAUUGCUGCAGAAGAGUCUCCACAUGCUGCUGUGUCCGGACGAGAGGAACAACACCCGGCAUGUUCUGGAGCUCAUCGAGCUGAUCACCAACGACGUGUCCACCGGCGCACCGCAUCAUACUGGUUGCUGGGACCCGGUUUUGGAGUGGUGGGCGAACAUAGUGGGUCUGGCGGCGGCGUGGCUGCUGGCCGACAUGCCCAAGGCCGCGGACAUCGCUGACAGGUUGACGCUGCCCGACGAACUCGCAAACUGCGAGGAUCCGCUGCCCGGCGCGCUGCAUAUGGCGUACAAAAGCAGGCGUGGACUGCUGAGUCUCGCACACUGCAAUGAAGAUUCGCUCGAGAGGACGUCCGAAACUAUACUCAAGGUUUGCGACAUUGCGGGAGCCCGGUUAGCAGAUUCUUUGGCCUACUACUGUUGCCGUAAGCCAACGCAGUUGAUGCUGCUGCUGCAGGUGCUCUGCUGCGACUGGGUGCUGGAGGUGCGCGCGGGGGUAUGGGAGGCGCGGGGGGCGGCGCGCCCCGAACAGCUGGAUGCGUUCUCGCGCGACCUGCACUCGCUGCGCCGCCUGGAGCAGACGCUGCCCUGGGUGUCGGGGCGCGUGUUCCUGCACGCAGCUGUGUGCCGCAUGAUGGCGGGCGCGGCGCCGCGCCGCACGCAGCAGCUGCUAGAUGGCAGCGUGCGUGCGCGCCCGCACCGCUCCUCACUCAUAUGCGGGAAAGAACGAGCUUUGGAAAAUGGCGGGGGAGAGGGUGAACGCGCGGUGGCGUUGUACAUGGCAUGCAAACAUUUGCCGACCGCCGUGCUAGCGGCGCCGGGCGAGCGCGCGGGCAUGCUUGCUCAAGCGGCAGCAACACUACAGAAGAUCGGCCACAGGAGCCGCCUGCCGCACUGUUACCAUCUCAUGAAGUCGGUCGGGUCGUUGCCUACUGCGUCCUAGUUUUGACCUGACGUCCACAGCCCCCUUAUGUAACUUUGAUGAACAUGAACUUCGUUGUUUAUUACAAUUUUGAC